UUGUUUUUGCACAAAGUUGAAGAUAGUCAAAACUAGCUUUGACUCAGAACAGCGCAUAGCUAUUUCUCCAAUUUAUAAUAAAUAAUCUUAUUUUAAAGACUAAGAUUUCUAGAUGAAACAAUUGCAAACAAUUGUUUCCUAAACUUAUUAUUCUAUAGUGAAUAAUAUUUAUUUACAAAGUAAAGAUUUAAAAUUGUUAAUGUAAGUAGAUAAAUAUUAUUUGCAUGGUAACUCAUUCCACCAUCAGAAUAUGGUGGAAUAAGUCGGUUUUAAUAUCUAUUGACUAAGAUGUGUAAUGGGCUAUAUUAAUAGGAAAUCAAUUAUUUGAUUUAUUGAUCAGGUAGCGGUUGGUCGGUGACAGCUGCGCAAACUGAUGUUCUGUGUUCAUUUUUUGAAGAAAAUCCAGAAGUUAUUGCAGGCUAUAAGAAAACGUCAAAAUGCAUUGAAGCUGUCCGGUCUAAAUGGAGGGAAAUUACACCACAACUCAACUCCCUUGGAGGAGGUAGAGAUCAUAAGGCGUGGGCCAAGUAUUUAUGUAAUAUAAAAGCAAAGCUAAAAAGAAAAAAGGUUAAAUGGCAUAAAAGUAGUGAUGGUACUAGACCAAUAAUUUAUUGCGCUGAUGACUUCAAUGAAAUUGAACUACGAAUGUUACAAGUAUUACGCAAAAAUCAAAAUCAAUUGGAAGAAGAAUCAGAUUUAAAUGAUGUAUGUGUAUCUGAUGUAGAAACAGAAGCUAAUGUAAGACAUAAUGAAAACAGUUGCGACACAGAUGACAACACUUGGCAGGAAUCAGAGAAGGCUUCAAAUAAUGUGACAUUCAUAAAGUUACUGGACAGUGACAGUCCACUAUUAGAGACACGGCAACCAACUUUACAGACUGUCAGUGAUAGUGAUGAGUUUGAUACAUUUGGAAGAAAUAUUGCACAACAGCUACGAACUUUGCCUAUACCAGUAGCUUUAGAAACUCAAGAAAUACUACUGUCAGUAUUACGAAAACAGCGGCUCAAAUUCUUACAUGUGUAAAUAAAAAGGAUUAUAGUAUAUAUAUAUAUAUUAAGCACUACUCAUUUAUUCAAUACGACUUUUCAAAAAUUGUUUUAAAUGAUUGCUGUAGUUUGCAAUGACUAAUACAAUAUUUAUAAUAAUAAGCCUUUAUUCAGAGAAGCGACAUGUAAAAUAGACUAUUGAUAAUUACAAAUUCAUUCAUAAAUUUGUAUUUUCUUAUUUAGUCGGUUAAAUUAUAUAUUACAGCAUUAACAAUUUUUUACAAUUGUAUUUGAAUGGUACAAGAACAAAUCAAAAUAAAAUUACAUAAAAAUCAUGCAGACACUUAAACAUUAUGGUAGUUUUUAUUAAUUAUCCGUUGGGUAAGAUGCACUGACCACUAUAGAACUCCUCCAGCGUAUAGAAAGAACCGUCUAACAGAAGUUGCCUCAAUUUAGUUUUAAAUUUAUUAGGACUUUCGAUAGCUUUUAACUCCGUCGGCAGGGCGUUAAAAAGUUUGACUGCCUGAUAUCGACUACAAUGUUUUACAAUAUUUAAUUUUGGGUGAAGCGAAAUUUGUAUGUCUUUUCUUCUACUACAUAAUCUCAUCUCCCUAGAUGUUGCCGUUUCGUAUUUAUAAUUAUGCUUCAAAAUAUCCAUUACGACAACCAAUAUAUAAAGACUAGGGAGAGUAAGUAUACUAAGGUCUCUAAAAUGUUCCCUACAAGACUCCCAUGGCGGUAUGCGCACCAUAGUUCGUAUUGCCCUUUUCUGCAGUACAAAUGCAUUUUUCAUAUUAUAAGAAUAGCUGUUUCCCCAAAACUUUACGCUAUACCUCAAUUUCGACUCAACGAGAGCAUAAUAUACAGACUUCAAUUGGCCCA